AUGGAGAUAGAGUCGGUCAAGUGCGAGUGCUGCGGCCUGAGGGAGGACUGCACCCAGGACUACAUUGGUAGCGUGAGAGCAAGCUUCUCUGGCCAAUGGUUGUGUGGGUUGUGCUGUGAGGCCGUGAGGGAGGAGGCGUGCAGGAAGAAAACUCACCCGGGCGUGGACGAGGCUGUGAGGGCUCACAUGGCGUUUUGCAAGAUGUUCAAGUCCAACCCUGCCGUUCAGGUGGCCGAUGGCAUGCGCCAGAUGCUCCGGAGACGGUCCGGCGACUUGUCGAAGCCAGACUCGGCCAAGAAGUACAGCACCUCGCAGCACUUCAUGAAGUGAUUGGGAGGACACCAAGUCUAGGCAGGGA